UCUGACGUAAGGGCCUCGUCAGAGAGCGACGCUGGCUCUCUUUGUUGGCUUAGUAGCAGCCGCCGCGACGUUUUGUUGUUAUUUUUCGGCUGCGGUGGAAAAUUAGGGUCGGGACGAAUUCGUGAGAUUAUACAGAACACCGUUUCACACGGAUAAGGUCCUCAGGCUCAGUGCUUGUCACCCCGUUGAUAACCACUCCUAGGAAUGGACUCGGACGAGGGCUAUAACUAUGAGUUCGACGACGAGGAGGAGGAAUGCAGCGAGGACAGCGUGGAAGAGGAGCCCGAGGACGACACCCUGGAGCUCGGCGAGGUGGAGCUGGUCGACCCCGUGGUUGCGGGCGGGGAGCGGGACGACUGCGGCGGCGACACCGGGGGCAGUGGACACGGCCCAGGGCAGGAGGAAGAAGACUACCGUUUUGAAGUGCUGACCGCGGAGCAGAUCCUCCAGCAUAUGGUGGAGUGUAUACGGGAGGUCAACGAGGUCAUCCAGAAUCCAGCAACAAUUACCCGUAUUCUUCUCAGUCACUUCAACUGGGACAAAGAGAAGCUCAUGGAAAGAUAUUUUGAUGGUAACCUGGACAAGCUGUUCUCAGAGUGUCAUGUGAUCAACCCUAGUAAGAAGUCUCGGACCCGUCCAUCCAUCAACACGAGAUCAUCUGCACAGGACAUGCCAUGUCAGAUUUGCUAUCUCAACUACCCCAACUCGUACUUCACUGGCCUGGAGUGUGGACACAAGUUUUGCAUGCAGUGCUGGGGAGAUUACCUGACCACCAAAAUCAUAGAGGAAGGGAUGGGCCAGACAAUUUCUUGUCCCGCUCAUAGUUGUGACAUUUUGGUUGAUGACAACACAGUCAUGCGCCUCAUAACAGAUUCAAAAGUGAAGUUGAAGUACCAGCAUUUAAUUACAAAUAGUUUUGUAGAGUGUAAUAGACUGUUAAAGUGGUGCCCUGCGCCAGACUGCCAUCACGUCGUCAAAGUGCAGUACCCCGACGCCAAGCCUGUGAGGUGCAAGUGCGGCCGGCAGUUCUGCUUCAACUGUGGAGAGAACUGGCAUGAUCCUGUAAAGUGCAAGUGGUUGCGGAAGUGGAUUAAGAAAUGUGAUGAUGACAGUGAGACAUCAAAUUGGAUUGCUGCAAAUACCAAGGAGUGUCCGAAAUGCCAUGUGACUAUUGAGAAAGAUGGAGGCUGCAAUCACAUGGUUUGUCGGAACCAGAACUGCAAAGCUGAGUUCUGCUGGGUAUGUCUAGGCCCAUGGGAACCUCAUGGCUCUGCCUGGUACAACUGCAACCGCUACAACGAGGAUGACGCCAAGGCAGCCCGCGACGCACAGGAGGUUCGUUCCAGGGCGGCCUUGCAGAGGUACCUGUUCUACUGCAACCGCUACAUGAACCACAUGCAGAGCCUGCGCUUCGAGCACAAGCUGUACGCGCAGGUCAAGCAGAAGAUGGAGGAGAUGCAGCAGCACAACAUGUCGUGGAUCGAGGUGCAGUUCCUGAAGAAGGCUGUGGACGUGCUGUGCCAGUGCCGCUCCACGCUCAUGUUCACCUACGUCUUUGCCUUCUACCUCAAGAAGAACAACCAGUCCAUCAUUUUUGAGAACAACCAGGCUGAUCUGGAAAAUGCUACCGAGGUGCUUUCUGGCUACUUGGAGCGAGACAUUUCACAGGAUUCCUUGCAGGACAUCAAGCAGAAAGUGCAAGAUAAGUACAGAUACUGUGAGAGCAGACGAAGAGUCCUACUACAACACGUGCAUGAAGGCUACGAGAAGGACCUGUGGGAGUACAUUGAGGAUUGAGGACACGUCCCCAUGCAACAGACUCUUGAGUCUCUUGACAAACUAGAGCGCAGAUGCAAUUAAACAGGGCAGCCUGAAACCUCUCCCUCGGCAAACCAACCACUUUUGCAUCAUUUUUCUUUUCCUGGAUUUGUUUAACAAAACCGUCAAAACAAAUUAUAUUGAAAUAAAUAGUGAGUAAAAUUAAACGAUUAAAUGUACUACAGUAUUGUUAGCAACAGAAUGAGUCUUGAGACCGCAGAGAAUCCAAUAAGUACGUCCUCUUUGGCUUGUGUUGCAACAACUCCGCUCAACUAUUUGUUUUUUCCCUUAUUUUUUUGUUUUCUGCUUGUGAAUCUUUUGUGUUUUGAUUUUGACUUUUGUUCCGUUGUUUUUUUUUUUAUAGUGUGACAACGUUUUCAACACAGCUUUAAGUGUCCAGGCCAUGUCUGCUUUAUGUGGUGAGAUUCUUGUCUAGGUUGCUUAAUGUGGAUUGGCUGAAUCGAACGGGCGAAACACGUUUUUGGAAAGAGAAGGGGAAAAAGAAAAACAUCUUUUAAAAAGAAAAAAGAUAAAUAAGCGAGUCUGUAUUUUUCAAUUUGUAAAUAAUCCAUAUGCAUGGAAGUUAAAGAGCAAGAGUGGCACGUGUUUGCAUCAUUUUAAAUUUAGAAAUAUUUAUUCUUUACCAAUAUAAAAAGGUGUAUUUCUGCGGUGUUCGUAGAGUCUCUGUUCCCCCCCUUGCAAUAAGGUGGUCUGCAGAGAUCCUGGGCAUCGUCCUCCCAUCUGUUCACUGCACCUGUCACACUCUUCCACUCUACGGUGACUUGGGGCUUUAUAUCGGUUGCCAAGUGAUUCAACUAAGGACUCCUUGGCUGUGCACAGCAGGUUUAGGAAUCCAACAGAAAAGAUGGCAGGUGUGAUGGAAUCCACCUGACCUGUCCUUCUACCCCGAUGCUAAUGCUUUAAUGUAGCCCCUCCCUCCCCCCUAAAAAGAAAAAUGGAUGUUUAACAUUAAUACAGCAAUGAUUAUUUACGUGAAACUGAGUGACAUUCACUCUUAUUCUUGUUUUUCCCUCCUUCACGACAUGGCUUAGAAUGGCCAUCUUUAAGCACCUUCUGGGUGGGGGAGGUCCGACGAGGGAAGUACACCGACAGUGCAGUGGGGGUGGGCGGGAACACUGCACUAUCGGGGUUGAGUGCUCGCAUCCCUCCAGCGCAGAGUCCCGGAUGCCACAAGGCGGGAUUCUCGUCACGCUUCUUUGAAGAGAUCUUUCGGUUAGUUUAGACAUUGCUUUAAACCAAGCUACGCAGAUGACCUUGCAGACAGACAGACACAGACACAGACAGGUGACCGGAAGAGGAAUAUAGGUCUGAGGCUUGUGGAAUUUAUUUUGUAACGCUGUUCUGCUUUCGCAUUCAAGCCUGUGUUUUUCCGCACACAUGGGUUGAAGAUUAAAUAUUGAAAUGUUGGCGCCCCUGCAGGUGUUGCAUUGUUCAGUGUGGUGGUUGCUCUGGAUGUCAAGCUCUGCUUGUAAAUGCAUACGUCUGUGCUACAGCAGUCUUCACAAGACUGACUGGAGAGGACACCAAUAUACAGCUACUAGUUCAAGUCUGAAGACAACAAGGUGUCGACAUCUUUCAAACACAUCCUUUACACCAGUUUAACAUUUUUGGGACCUCCCCCAAAAGUUUGUGUUUAAAAAAUCUAUUAUUUUAAUCCUAGCAAAAAUUUAAAAAAUGUAUGGUUUAUUUGAAUAAAUGUCAUGAGAAAUCUCAUAA